UUUUGCCUUCGUACUACAACCGGUCCAUGCCCAUAAAGAUUAUAGACUAAAGGAGGGAAACGGGUACAGCUACCGUGCUUAAAAUAACACAGGCUUUCUACUGUGUGCGCUAGGAUGUCGUAGGAGGAAACUCGUUUCGUUUAGCUCUGGUCCUGGUUUAUAUUUACAAAUUAAUUGGCGAAAGGUGUGUGCGAACAUAUUUGUCAGUAGACUGUAGAGCUAACCUAUUGGUUGGUGUGUGAGCUGAUGAGAAAGGAAGAAGAAGGUACUGUAACCGUUUUCUUGUAGAUUAUAAACACAAUUUACGUUAUUUAGCCUUUCUUAUCUUUAUUUUUUAACAGUUGGCUUACAUAUUUUAAUAUAUUUUUAUAGCUAACACUUAAGUCUUAGUCUUAAUACUCUUAAUUAAAGUCUUAAGUUUAAGCCUGGCCUAAGCCAAAACUAAAUACUAAUAAUUACUCAAAGUAAAAGAAAUAAUAUUCCGUAAAUUAAAAGGUGCUUGGCCCCGACCCAGGCCCUAUUUUAUUAAUUAUUUAUAGCAUGUAAAGUGCAUAGAUUAAUAAAUAAUAAAUUUAACGCUAAUAACACAUUUAAAUAAAUUCCUAUUAUUUUCAUUUUAAUUUUAACCACUAUCACUGACUAUCGGUAUUACUAUUACUAAGUAUACUGAAUACUCUAAUACUACGGUGUUUCCCUACGUGGGGCCCACGCUCCUUAUGGGGGCAAUUUGAAAAUGAGCUGUCUUGAAUUUGAAAACCAACGUCUACUUUAACUUGUUACUUGUAUUUUGAAAAAAGAGCAACAUUAUAGUUAUAUGUGGCUCAUACUGUAAAUGUAAUCUUGUGGCUAGUUUAUAGUUAUGAAAUUUCAUUACCCAUGCUAAAUCUGGGAAGAAUCAUACUACAGGAGAGAAUUUCAUCAAACCAUCAAUAUCAGCAUUUCUUAAAAGGUUCUGGGAAAAGAUUACAAAGAUGUGAAAGCUAUGCCACUCAGUAACAAUACUGUUAGGAGAAGAAUAGACGAAAUGAGUGAAGACAUGGAAAUACAACUUGUUGAAAAGCUGAAAACAAAAAAAUUCUCAAUGCAAAUGGAUGAAUUAAAUUUGAGAGACAGUGAGGUUGUAUUGAUAAUUUACGUAAGAUAUAUUGAUAAAGAGUAUUUUGCUGAAGAAUUGUUGUUCUGUAACUCAUUAGACUGAUUAGAAAGCACCACUACCGCCAAAAAUAUAUAUAAUAUAUAUAUAUAUAUAUAUAUAUAAAAUAUAUAUAUAUAUAUAUAUAUAUAUAUAUAUAUAUAUAUAUAUAUAUAUAAUAAGCUAAAAAAAUUACUAAGAUGUCAAUAAUAUACCAAUGAAAAAGAUAACAUAUGGUGCUCCUAAUGCCUAAUAUGAUGGGCAAGAAAAGUAGCUGCUUAAAUUUGAUGAAAGAUGAGAAUCCAGAAAUGCUACUUGUGCACUGUGCUAUUCAUGGGGAAAACAUAGUAGCUAAAAACAUUUCGCAUGUUCUAAUGGAAGUACUAAAUUCAGUUAUAAAGUGUAUCAAUGCUAUUAAAGCUAAUACCAAAUGUGAACGUCUCUUCAAGCUAUUUUGUGAAGAACAAAAUUCAGUCUAUGUAUGACUUUUACCUCACACUAAAGUUAGAUAGCUUUCGAAAGGAAUACCUCUAGUGUUGGCAGCAUGCUAGAAACACUAGGCUGGUCACCAUUGGAGAAACGACGACGACAAUCCAAGCUCUCCAUGAUGUACAAGAUAAAUAAUGGGCUGGUCCACUGUUCCGGUAUUAAACAGAAACUCGUCCCUCUCCCCCAUAGACAGCGACGAGGCCAUGACAGGCAAUUCAGGCUCAUACCAGCAAGAAGCCAGUAUAGGAGCUGCUCAUUCCUGCCCAAGACAAUCAGGGACUGUAACCCCUAGUGCAUAAUUUCCUCAUCACCACCAGUAACAGAAACAUUGCAAAUCCCAUCUACAUGCAUAGGAGCCAAAAUGAUCAAUAAAUUGAUCGUGGGCCCUUAAGAUAUAGAAGAAGAAGAAAGGGAAUUGCUUGAAAAGAUUUAUGGAAAUAUUUGAUACACUUGCGCUUUUUUAAAGUGACAAACCUAAUAUGAAAUAACUGUUGACGGUCAAUAGUAAAGCAUUUGUGAGUUAUUUAGCCGAUAUCUUUGAAAGAAACAAAAUAUAUCAAAAAACCAACUUCAAGGAACAAAUGAAACUAUUGUUGAUGCAAAAGCGAAAAUGUUUGGUUUCAUUACCUUUAUUGAAUUGUGUCAGAAAAAUAUUUACAACAAAAAUUUUGAAAAGUUUUAUUGGUUCCAAAAAUGUGAAGUGACUGAUACCACUCUACCAUCUGAAACUUCUAUUGGCUGAUUUAAAAGAAAGAUUUUCUGGUUUGAAUCAAAUUGAUUUUCGAACUUGGAUGAUGCAGCCAAUGUUAGUGGAUUUGUCGGAUAUUUCAAAUAUGCAAUAUCAAGAAGAACUUGCAGAAAUGCACGAUGAUGAGUCUAUUAAAAUUUUAUUUAAUUUGAAGGAGCGAUGGCAUGACUUUGCCAGGAAACAGAAAUCAAAUUUUAAAAUUCAACCAAAUGUGCAAUAAAACUAUUAUUCCCGUUGCCUACUUCAUAUUUAGCAGAAUAUGGAUUUAGUGCCAUAAAUGAUUUGUUGCAAAGAAAAAAAAAUGGGCUGGAUAUAACACAAUGUAACACAAUGGAGAGACUUGAGACUGAAGCUAACUAAAUUGGAACCUAACAUCAUAAAAUCUCUUUGCAGCAAGCAUCAAGCAUAAACAUCUCACUAAAUUUAAAUAAUAAGCAAUUACAAAUAAUUAUGUGUUAAUUAAAAUAAUAUAGAAAAUCUUUCAUUAAAAUUAUUUCGUACUUGAAAAUGUUAAAACAUUAAAUGUUUUGAAAAUUUACUUAUGUUUCCCCACCAAUUGCAUUGUGAUUUCUCCCCAAAACCUAUCAUUUAAUUUUCUUCAGUGAACAACCCUAUAUUUGAAUGUUAAAAAUUAUGUAUACGAAACGUGGGGGGAGGGGCAUAAGAGUUUUAGAAAGACUUAGGUGGGGCAUAACUUGAAAAAGGUUGGGAAACACUGCUCUAAUAAGUAAUAAUAGUAUUAAAUAUCAGUCUGAAAGACUUCUUAGGUCAUAGUAAUUCUAAUAUGUCUUAUACUAAUUAUAAUACUUUAGUCUUUACACUUUAAUAACACUAAUGUUAUCAAAAGAUUAAGUUUAUUUAAGCUAUUAAUAUUAAUAAUUAAUUUUAAUACUAUUAUGGCUAUGAGGUAAUAAUAAAUUCAAAGGAGUUAUCUAAUCAACAAAUUUUAAAUUACAAUUUACACUUACACUGUCUUCAGUGUAGACCUAUUUUUGAAUUUAUUAUGAAUUAGGGUAAUUUAUGUUCUAGAUUCAUGAAAGUAAAAGGCCAGAUUUCAACUAACAAACUUAAGCAUUUGUUUAAGUAUCAAGGCCAAGGCAACAAUAAAGUUGAUUUGGGUUUAGAUAUGGGUGUAUAGUAAUUAGUAUAUAUUAUUUGUAGAGCCACUACCAAAUUACGUCUUAUCAUCUAAUUCAAUUAGAAAUGUGGGGUGUCAGAAGGGAUUAAGUAACAUGUGAUUACAAAUUUAUAGAAUUGUACUGAACUGUCAUAGUAUAUUAGUAUAAUUUAUAAUUUUAAAUAUAAGCUAUCAUUAUGACUGAUAUUUUUUGCAAUUUUAAAGACUCUGAAAAUAUAUAUUCCAUUCUGCCUUAUUCCUAGCUAACUAUAUUACUAUAAGUAUAAGCUCAAAGUACAAAUAAAAAGAGGUCCUGGUCUCAGAAGGAACCUACGCAUGUUAGUAAAUAAAUAACUCUAUUAACUGGUGGCCAAUUUUUUUUUUCUUUUUGGCAUUUUAUAUCUUUUUAAAUCAUUUUAUUGCUAUAAUUUUAUUUAAGUAAUUGUUGAAAUGUAAAUAAAAUAAUUAAACUUCCAAUUUAUUUAAAUAUAGCAUCUGCAGGGAUAAAAAAAAUUAUAAUAUAAACGUUUUUAAUUCACGUAAUUUUUAAAAAGAAUUAAAUUGUUUUUUUUUUUUUGCAGUUACAAGAUGUCACAUCUGCAAUUCAUCAUUUUGACUUUAGUGGCUUUUGUCUCUACUAAAGUCUCUGGUCAAUAUGGGAGGUCAAGAGAUGGAAUCCCUCUGACUUGGUCAGUGUAUGAUUAUCCAGAUCCUCAUUCCCCAAACGCUGAUGACCAAAGACGCUGUGGCAGAUACAACAUAUCUUCCAUUUGUGAUCCAAAUGGUGUCAUAUCAAGAACUGCCGGUAGGUACAACAUAUAUUUCAUUUUGGGAUCCAAUUGGUGAUAUCAAGGACUGCGGUUAGGUUUUUAGCUUUUGUCAUUUUUUUAAAACAAAGUUGUAACUGUCAAUUUAACAAUUGUACUCCAUUUGGGUUCAUUGUUUAGGCAAACAUGUACGUCUUAUGUCUAAUAUCUAGCUUUUUAAUAGUUUUUAUUGUAUGUUGCCAAAUAUAGCCACGCAAACUUUUUAUAAUACUGUACCUAUAAUAAACAAAUUAUUUUUAUAAAAUGAAAUGAUAAUAUAUCCUUUUAUAGUUAAUUGUAAAUUAAUUCAGUGGAGUUAAGCUAUGACUUUAUUCAUUUUGCAGCUCACUAACUAAUGCUAUAAUCCUUCUAUGCAAUAUAUCAAAUACAAAUGUAAAAAUAUGUUUCCUAUUUAUGUAAGGUUAUGGUUUGGCCUGGCCAAUUGUCAUUUUUUAAAAUUAGAUGGAAUAUAUUGUGGGUCUCAUUUUAUCCCAAACAACUGUGUACUUUGUAGGUAAAAAUGCCUGCAAAAAUCUUGAUUAUUGUUUCAUCAAUUUUUGCAUGCUUUUAAUAAAAUAUCAGUCUUGCUGUGUCUGUGAACAUUCUGAGAUGUAAUGUACAAACGCCAUUACUGACUUUAUUAAUAUCUAUUAAUACAAGACAAAACCUGAGUCAAAAAUUCAGUUGUAGAUAGCAAUAAAUGAUUUGAAUUUAGACUGUUUAAAAAUAUAUUGAGAAUAUUUAUUGUAUUUGUUCCAUUAGCUGAUGCCAUUGAAAAUCUCAUCAAUGCUGUGUACAGGGAGACAACCUGCGGUUGUUUUGACUGCCACAAGAACAAGCAUGGAUACAUCAUUAGAGUGGCCCUGAUGCAUAAAUUUGAGAGAAUUUUUAAGUAAGACUGUAAUGACAAGCAUGUACCAAUAAUAAUAUAACCUGACAACUGUUUUAAACUGCAAUGAAACAAAAUAAAGUUAUUUUUAUUUGUAAGCAGUAUAGUUCUUUGGUAUUAAAUGAAGGAAAAUAGAUUUAUUUUGCCAAAUUUUUUUUUAGCUAAAGUAAUUUUUAAAAAGAAAUAUAUUAUAAAACACUUCUUUUUUAUAAUAUUAAUUAAUUUAUAACAAGAUCCUUUUUUAAGUAAAUAAAGGAAACGAUAUUAAAAAAAAUUAUUGACCUUACUUAAAUUGGUCUUUGUAGAGAUGAACCUAACACAUCAUAUGCCAACCUGAGAGAUGCCCAGAUGUAUUCCUACAUUCUCACACAGCGCUGGAAAAUGGAAGGAGCCUGCAAUGAGACUCUGCUUAUCCUUUUCUCUAGAGCCGACUCUCUGGUAAGUAGUAGAUAACAAAAGACUCCUUGUUGAGUACAAAACUCAACUCAACCUUUUAUUACUUCCAAAUCAGUUUCAUACAAGUUUUUAAAUUUUAAAAUGUUUUAGGAAAAUCUUUUUCAAAUUUCUGAUGUCCGGGUAAUUUUUUCGAAGAAAUUAAUGUAACUCAAAAAAUGUGAAAAUAUUUAGUUGUUUUGGCUUAAAAGGAAAAUUAGUUAAAAUAGUGUAUCUAAUUUUCUAUUCUAAAGUAACUUCUUACAAAACUUCUUUUAAACUAAAUUAAAUAUUUUUUAUCUCUUAAAAAUUUUAAAGAACAGUGUCAGAAACGGACACUUUGUUUAAACAUUUUCGGACAAGAUGUGAACAAUUAAGUUGCUAUUCCAUAUCUUAACUUUGCAGUUUGAGUCAGAUAAAUAUUAACUAAAGGGAUUUAUAAAAUGAAAUAUAGCUGAACAUUAGCAGGGUGAAAAUUAAAUAUAUUUUAUUAUGUAUUUAAGUAUAAAAAUUGUUCACAAAAAUUUAACUGUGAAAUAUCCAAAAUUUAAUGCAAAGCUUUUUCAAACGAGGGUGAUUCUUUACUAAAAAGAUAAGUAAAAUUAUAUUAUAUUUCAUCAGUCUUUAGCAUUCUUUUCAUUAGCAUUCGUGUCUGAAUUUACUUUUGUAUACCAUAAGCCUUCUCAAAUUGAAAUAAAUCUUUAUACCCUAGAUGCUUUUUAUUUACUUAGCUGUACACACUGACAAGACAAGGGACAAAAAUGAAACUUAAAAAUGAUGAUGUGCAGAGGAUCUCCCUUGCAGUUCGCCACUACUUUGACAAGCAAGACACUAUUGCUGAUGGUCUGAUGGAGAUGAUCCGCCGCUACAGGUAAAGCUAAUUUGGUACCUUUUAGGUGCUGAAGGAGUAAAAAAUAGUAUGAUUAAAAAUCCUGGCUUUGCAGUGAGCAAGUAUUGGAUACUGGCAUCUGAAAUAUUUUUUAGAACCUUGAUUCCCUUAACAAUGCUUACAUUUGCCAAACCAGUUCCUUUUUUAAAAAAAGGAAUCAAAAGAAUUUUUUUAAUCUUAUCAAAUCAAGUCUUGCUGAUACUAAAAAUGUCUUUAAUAAUGCUUCCUUUAUAAAUAAUAUUUUUAACUGAAGGAAUUUUGAAUUAUUUAUCAUUUUAUUUCAAAAUUUUACCAGUAAAAACCUCGUUUUUUAAAUUAUAUCAAAAGUAUUUAUUAUUAUUAUUAUAUAUAAGUAUAUUAUUCUCUUAAGGUAUACGUAUUCCUUAUGUCAUUAAAAAAAUCUUAAAUUUGUAUAAAUUGAAAAGAAUAUUAACUGAUUCAUUUCAUGCUUUGUUGGUACUGUCAAACCAAUGAAGUAGAAAUGGUCAAGUUGCAUGCAGGCAGAUCCUUAAAUCCAGGAAGCUAAAAACAAUGAUUUUAUUUGAAGUUUUUAAAACAAUAUGGCAAAGAGGUUUAUUGUCUUAAAAUUUUUAUUUCUAAUUUUUCCAUAGGCUUAUAUUUGACAACAAGUAUCCGGAGGCCUUCCAACCAGUCUCUGGAAAGAGAGUAUAAAAAGAAAGCAAGCAGAAAACAGUUGGAUGAAUUUGAAAUUCUAUGUGAUAAAAACACUUGUUAGACUUAAUAUCCUAACUGCUUAUCAUAAAUUUUGUGCAAUUAAAUAAUUUAUUAGUGAAUAUGCUAAGCAUGGCUCCAAAUCUUAUGAAAUUGUAAUCUUCAAUUAUUCAUUAUUUCAGGCCAUAAAAAAAUAAUUUAAGUUCUAAAUACCAUUACUAACAACAUAUACCUAAGUAAGACAGAUUAUAAUAAUUACUAAAUAUUUACUUGGACUUUAAUAAAAAUUUAAAAAAGAGACUUGGAAAAUUGCACUUGUAUGAAGUUGCACAAUUAAUUGUGUGAUGGACAGUACUUAAAUGAAACAAACCCAAAAAAAUACAGUUUUUCAUAUAAAUCCUUUAUAAAAUGUAACAUUGAGCAAUUGGAGGUGGGGGGAACAAAACAUGCCUUAAAGUUACGCACUUAUAAGAAUUCCCCCCAACCCCACCACCAAGGCUCGCAAUUGCACAUCUUCACGCCCCUGAACUAUAUUAAUAUUCCCACCCGCUUUUACACAGCAGAUUUAUUUCACCAACAAUUUAAGAAAAACAAAAGAAAAUGUUACAUGCCAAAUGCACUUGCGAUAUUUUUUUUAAAAAGAAUCUCAUUUAGCGCAGUUAUUGGGAAUUUCAUUUUAUCUUCCCCUAGAAAAAGAAGAAAAACUGAUUGCUGGGGGUUGAAAAUUUAAUAGAAUGUAAUGUCAUCUUUUCAGCUCAAUAAGUUGACAGGAAGUGGGUCACUUAGCAGUCCGAAGAUUUUGCCACACAGCCAACCACAAACAAAAGCAAAGUUAAUAUAAAGGAUUAAAAAAAUGUGUGUAUGAUAGAUAUAGAACAUUUAUAUAUAUAUAUAUUAUAUAUUCUUUUUAAUUGUAUAACUGUUAGAAAAUGUCUAUGUAUUUUUGCAGUUGAAUUUAACUUUUUUUUUUUUAAACGGCUACACAAUAUUUUUUGAAAGCUACAGAAUUCAAAGCAUUAUUAUCAUGGAUUAUUGACUCCUGGGCACCUGUCCCCCCAAAGAAUCAAUAAUACAAGAUUAAUUUCUGCUUAACAGUCAUAAGAUGUAGGGCAUCAAAAGAAUCAAGUUUAUACAUUAUUUUUAGCCAGGUGAAAUCUUUGUGGGACAUAUCCCUGAGGAAGGAGCAUAUUUUAAAAUCAAUAUGUACAUCUAAUUAAAUAUUACUAAAUUUAUUAGAAAUGAAAAAAAAGUUUAUAAUAAAAAAUUAUAAUUUGAUUAAAACAUUGAUUAGAAAUCCAUAUAUGACAAGUAAACCUAUUAUAUGCUAUAUGUAUUGCUUUUUUUCCAAAGCCCUUUUUGGUGUCUAAAGAAACAAUUUGUUUCUAUAAUAAUGGUGCUAUUUCAGUAUACAUAUUAAAUAUUUCUUUUUUCUAA